CAUAAAACUAACAGCUGCAUCUUCCCACCAAGGAUAUAGACAGCACAUGAGAGUAAUGUGAUAGUAGAUACAUGAGCAACUGAUUUUCUCUUGUCACACAUUCUCGAGCAGAAUGUCCUCCAAAGGACCAAAGUCUAUAGUAGUUUAUGAGGAUCUUAUUAACCACGGACCACCACAAUACGUAUCGUCUUAAAUGCAGAAAUUGAAAGUCUUCAAUGCUAAUUAAAGCCAAGAACCGGCGAAGAAUCCUAGAACUUUCUUGCUGGUAGGAGGAAAAAUGUAUUGAAAGUGGUUACAAUCCUAUAACUGAACAGUAUCCCCACUCAACUUGACUCUAUGGACCUAGCUAAAGAGUGUAUUAUGCCCAUAAAGGUUUGCCAUCCACCCACCACGGUCCUCUCCUCGUGGGUGCCGUGCUUUUAAUUAGCUAAUUAAAACGUCUUUAUUAUAAAAUCAGAUUUUUGUAACGCAAAACUCACAAAAGAAAAAAAAAAUAAUGAAUGAGAAGGAGGAGCUCCCCGAGAACAUGAGAGAAGACAACUUAAAUGAAGAAACCAAGAGUUUAAUCUCUUCACUUCCUUCUCACAAAGAUUUUCUAGGGAAGCAGCUAUACAACUACCAAGGAUGUUGGUACUACCCCAACACUCUCCAAGGAGUUUUAAAUUUCCAGAAAGGUUUCAAGCCUCAAGAAACCGAUAUAAUCCUCGCUUCUUUCCCUAAAUCCGGCACCACUUGGCUCAAAGCUCUCACCAUCGCUCUCUUUGAGAGAUUCAACAACACUUCUUCUUCUCUUCAGUUCGAUAAUCCUCAUGGCUUAGUACCCUUCUUGGAGAUGAGUCUUUAUCACAAAACCUCAAUACCUGACCUGACCAAGUUCUCACCAUCAUCUCCGAGGCUGUUCUCGACUCACAUGCCGUUCCACACGCUUCAAGCACCCUUCAAGGACGAGUCUAGUCCUUGCAAGAUCGUGUACGUGUGUAGGAACGUGAAGGACGUGUUGGUAUCUCAAUGGUACUUCAGGUGCGCUUAUCUUGAAAAAGAGGUAGAAGACAAAAGCACUCUCGAGUCUUCGUUUGAGUCAUUAUGCAGUGGAAUUGGCUAUUUUGGACCCUUUUGGGAGAAUGUAUUAAGCUACUGGAGAGGUAGCUUGGAAGAUCCUGAACAUGUUCUCUUCAUGAGGUACGAGGAAAUGAAGUCAGACCCCUCUGCUCAGGUUAAGAGACUUGCUGAGUUUUUGGGUUGUCCAUUCACUGAGGAAGAGCACGGGUGUGUGGACAAGAUCUUGGAACUUUGUUCUCUACGUAGUUUGAGCAGUAUGGAGAUCAAUAAGACUGGAAAAACUUCGAACAAUCUGCAUCACUCUAGUUUUUUUCGCAAAGGAGAAGUCGGUGACUCCAAGAAUCAUCUCACUCCUGAGAUGGAAACCAAAAUCGACAUGAUCAUCGAGGAAAAAUACAAAGGCUCCGGUUUUAAAUACUGAGUGAAUGUAUGAUUUGUGCUUUCCUUUAAUGGAACGGUACUAAUAAUAGUAAUAAAAGGAAUAAUACAUUACUGAUGUGUGAUUUGUACUAAUAUAAAUUAUAAUCGAAUAAUUCAAGUCAUUCUCUGGAAAAGGUUAUAUGACCGUUUACGUACUUUGCCUUAAAUACUUUUAUUAGAGAUAUGUGGGCCGUAAGAUGUAUAUCUUACGGACCAAGAUUGCGAAGCCCAUGAAACCCAUGAAGACCAUCAAGACUAAAAGGAAAGACUUGAAGAACAAGUUACUCUCAAGAGAUUCUAGCAUAUUUACAUUAAGUGUUUAGGAAAGUUAGCAUUAUCUAGUGUUAACAUUAUGUCAAUGUUACCACUAUAUAUAUGCAUAUUGUAUUCUCUUAUUAAACACAACACAAUAAUAUACUUAUUUUAUUAUACUUUACAUGGUAUCAGAGCAGACGAUUCUUUGGGAUCGAAAUUAAAACUUCCGCAUUAUAAGUUUAGAGCUUUGAUGGCGUUCAUCGUUGGUGUUGGCGAUGUUGAAGAAGAUGGUGACGGUAAUGACGAUGAAGACGUGGUAAUAUGAGUCGCUGGGGUUUUGUGUUAUUAGGGUUUUGUUUUCUUUUUAUAUUUAGUUAAGUGCAAUAGGUUUUGUUCUACCUGCUUUGUUUUUGUUUAGAUUUUUUUUUCUUAUGGUUUGGUCUAGGGGUUAUUGAGAGAUGUUUGAAAAGGUCCUUAGGUUAAAAGAUCGGGUUUUCACGGUUGUUUAUUUUUUUGAGAUCUAUUCUAUAGUUUAGAAUU